AUGAGUGAUCCUACUCUGCCCUGUCAAAACUAUUCAUUACUGCAAGACCAUCCUGAAAGCUGUGUCCUUGUAAUAAUUGCUGACAAGUGCCGCAAUGAUAGUAAUACAUCACAGGUUUACCCGUUUGCUGAUGAUGGUGACCCGGUUUACAUGGACUUGUCCAAGGAUCAGACCGAAACAGCCUGCUCCAUCCAACCUGCAGUAACUGCAACACUUUAUUUGACUAGUGUCUGUUCCCAAUGUCACCGGCUUCUUGUCUGUACAAUCGCUACAGCCAUAGCCAUAGAUCAUGAGAAAAUUGAUGUUUGUUCAUCUCUGUGUCAACUGCUGUUGGCGUACAAUGUCAGUGUCAGGAGGCGUGAAGGGCUCUGCAGCAGCCUGUUACUCACUCAUCAGAGAGAGAAGCUGUUUGAAUGUGAGGUGUGCAAAAAGGGCUUUUCCCAAUUAUCAGGCCUGGUAAAACACAGGUCCAUUCACAUAUUGGAGAAGCCAUUCACAUGUGAGGUGUGCAAUAAAUCUUUCUCAACAUUAUCACACCUCCGUGCACACCAACAUGUUCACACAGGGGAGAAACCAUUCACUUGCAAGGUGUGCAACAAAUCAUUCUCGAUGUCAUCAGAUCUUCGCAAACAUCAACGUAUUCACACUGGGCAGAAAGCAUUCAGGUGUGAGCAGUGCAACAAAUCGUUCUUAUCACCAUCAGAUCUCCGUAAACACCAACGUAUUCACACUGGGGAGAAACCAUUCACGUGUGAGAUGUGUGACAGAUCAUUUUCUUCAGUGUCUGAUCUCCGUAAACAUGAACGCAUUCAUACAGGGGAGAAACCAUUCAGGUGCUUAAUUUGUAAGAAUUCAUUCUCAACAUUGUCAAAUCUCCGCAUACACUAACGCAUUCACACAGGGGAGUAACCAUUCAAGUGUAAGACAUGCAACAAAUCAUUAACACAAUCAAUGCAGCUCCGGGUCCAUCAGAGUAUACACAGGGGGGAGAGACUAUUUACGUUGGAUGUUUGUGAGAAAUCAUUCUCACAUUCAUCAGAUCUCCGUAAACAUGAACGUAUUCACACAAGGGAGAAACCAUUCCAGUGUGAGGUUUGUUACAAGUCAUUCUUAACAUCAUCAGGCUUCCUGCGACACAAGAGAAUCCACACAAUGGAAUAACUGUUCAUAUUCAGUAUUAUGACGAGACUUUCACCCACUGUCCUGAUCUCCUAAUGUACCAGCGCAUCCACAGAGAGAAACUAUUUGGGUGUGAAGUGAAUGACAAGGUUUCCACACAGGCACUUUGUAUCUCUGGAUCCAGCAACACACUCACAAAUGGAAUAACCCUGUCAGUUUAAAUUCUAGACAAAAGCUUUCACAUAAUUCCCAGACCUCCUGGAAUAUCAAUGAACCAAUAUGGGAGACAAACCCUUCCAGUGUGAUAUGUAGGCCUGGAGCUAUUAGAGUUUUAGUCCAACAACCAGUUCCAUACUUCAUUCAUGUCAUUUACUAACCACAUCAAGAAAGUCAUUUUAACAUCAAUGAAACAGGUGAAAGUAAAUGUAAUGAAUGAACCUUGACUGAAUUAUGAUUAACAAUUGGUGUGAUCGAAAAUUGCAUGAGAAAGACUGGGUUUUUAUUUCAGUGUUGAUAUAUGUUUAUCGGGAUGUUACCUGCUCUGGGCAACUUUAGCUAUGAAGUGAGGUUGGGUAGACCCAAGAUAAUAAAGUGUGAAGCUGGAUGAACACAGCAGGCCAAGCAGCAUCUCAGGAGCACAAAA